AUGUAUGGCCUGCCUAACAAGGCCUUGAUCACCGAGGCUUAUGGCCAGUGGCGUGGACGAGGGAAGAGUUCUUGGAACGCGUGGGAAGACAUCCCUUACAACCGGAAAAUUCGACUCCGCAUUGUGCAUUCUACAACUCGGAAGGAAGAAACAAUCGUGAUCGAGAAGAGCCCACUAGUGCUUCUGCGUAAGAGCCUACCGCACUCGACAGGCACCAUUGACAUGACCGUCAGGGACGAUAAACAUUGGCAGGCCCACCUGCAGAAACACGCCCAUGCUAGGAUUGACGUACGGAUGCGUAUGGCAGAGCUCCUAAAGGGAAUCGGCGUGCACGCGCAAGGGAUAAAACACCAGGAGCGUAUUUUCAAUAGGAGGCUUCAGGUCCACACAGAAGCAACAGAGCAGCAAUGGAGGAUUCCCCCGCCUCAAGCACAGCAAGUGGAGCCGCCCAGACGAGUGUCGCUUGUGGCCGACUCGUGCCCCAAUCCCGCUCUCUACCCAGUAGAAAACGGACAAGUCGCGUCGAUCGAUGAAGACUUUUCUUCAUUUGCGUUGCUCCUCUUCAGAGAUGCUUUCCAGCACCUUUGUUUCCAAGACUGGCUGGUGUGCGCGCGCCCCUAUCCAGGCUUCUGUUUAUGGCGGCCGACACCUUCCGACAAGACGGACAGAGAUGGCUCAACACAACGGGGCACGCCGCCGCCUGCGCAACAAGCAGAGCAUGGUGAGCAUGGAGGCGAAAAUGUAUCGAGCACGGGACAUUAUAGCACGCCCAGGAAAGAACCGGCUUAUCGAAGCCAGGAGCGCAAAAUGAACGACCGCAAACGGCUUGACCGGGAAACAAAGCUUCCUUCAUUCCAAUCCGGAAGCAGCGUGGACGCCGAAGGCCAAACCGUUCGCAAUAAGAAGGAUGAUUGUGACCAAAGGAUUCCAAGGCCCGCAACCCACAAGAGGAAGCAGGACGCGCCCAACCGACUCGAGGAGCUUGUCGGCUGGCUGGACGUCUUCGACCGCAACAUCAUCUCUGGAAGAGAGGUGUUAAAGAGUCAUAAUGGCAAAUGUGACCUCGGUGUCUCUUUCUAUGCUAGGCUCGGGGCCUUCAUCCGCAAGAAUCACGGGCUGCAACGGCUGAUGUUCGCGGUGCUGGGCGACGAGGGGGGUGGACGUGAGGAUGACUCGUGGUUCUGGGACCGUGAUGCCGAUGCCGAACCAGAAGCUGACGACCCGAAGGAAGAUGCUUUCUACGGCCGUCACGCUGGGCGGGAGCGUGCCUGGGAAGCGGCAAGGCUUGGCCGGAACGGCUCGUACGGCAUCUCGGAUGGCGCCGACCUCGAGCCCCCUGAGGAAGUGGACGGCGUGCUGUUCGAGCCCACCUUGCUGAGGCUGUAG